AUAGCGGAUUCUAGGUUUCCGCUAGAGGGCGCAUCUGAUAUGGAUAUCGGAAGAAACGCAGAACAGAGAUACAAGUUACAAGCUAAUGAAUAUUUUUACUUGGAUGUUAAAACAAAUGAAGAGGAAACAAACUUUUUAGAGCUAGUUUUGAAGAAACCAGUAGGUAGGGAAGAAACGCAAGAACAUCGUUUAUUGCUGAUUGCAAUUGAUGGAAGAAAACCUGAACUAACAGGUACAGUUCAGUCAUUGAUCAAUGUAUUGGAUGCGAAUGAUGAUGCCUCGGAAUUUGAUAAAUCAAUUUAUAAUGUCAGAAUACUGGAAAAUGCACCGAACGGGAUAUUAGUUAUUAAACUGAAUGCCUCAGAUGCAGGUGAGGGCAUUAAUAAGGAAAUAGUGUACCUCUUUAGUAAUCUUGUUCUUGACAACGUAACAUCUAAAUUUGUGAUCAAUCUAAUAGUGGGGAAAUAACAGUUCAGGGAAAGAAAACUGGAUUAUGAAGACUGUAAUUUAUAUGAAAUUAAUAUUGAUGCCGUUGAUAAAAGUCUAUUCCCAUUAAGACACUGCAAAGUAAUAGUGAAAAUCCUGGAUGAGAAUGAUAAUAGCCCAGAGAUGGUCAUAACCUCCUUAUCUCUGCCUGUGCAAGAGGACGCCCCACUGGGCACUGUCAUCGCCCUGAUCAGUCUGUCAGACCACGACUCCGGUGCCGAUGGGCAGGUGACUUGCACCCUGAUGCCUCAUGUCCCCUUCAAGCUGGUGUGCACCUUCAAGAAUUACUAUUCAUUGGUUCUACAUAGCGCCUUGGAUCGCGAGAGUAUGGCGAACUAUGAGGUGGUGGUGACCGCGAGGGACGGGGGCUCGCCUUCCCUGUCGGCCACAGCCAGCGUGUCCGUGGAGGUGGCCGACGUGAACGACAACGCGCCCGCGUUCGCGCACCCCGAGUACACGGUGUUAGUGAAGAACAACCCGCCCGGCUGCCACAUCUUCACGGUGUCGGCGCGGGACGCGGACGCUCAGGAGAACGCGCUGGUGUCCUACUCGCUGGUGGAACGGAGGGUGGGCAAGCGAGCGCUGUCGAGCUACGUGUCGGUGCACGCGGAGAGCGGCAAGGUGUACGCGCUGCAGCCGCUGGACCACGAGGAGCUGGAGCUGCUGCAGUUCCAGGUGAGCGCGCGCGACGCGGGCGUGCCGCCUCUGGGCAGCAACGUGACGCUGCAGGUGUUCGUGCUGGACGAGAACGACAACGCGCCCGCGCUGCUGCUAUCCGGGCCGAGCGGCGGGGCGGGCGCGCUGAGCCAGCUGGUGGCGCGGUCGGUGGGCGUGGGCCACGUGGAGGCGAAGGUGCGCGCGGUGGACGCGGACUCGGGCUACAACGCGUGGCUGUCGUACAAGCUGCAGCCGGCGGUGGGUGGCGCGCGCAGCCCGUUCCGCGUGGGGCUGUACACAGGCGAGAUCAGCACGACGCGCGCCCUGGACGAGGCGGACGCGUCGCGCCAUCGCCUGCUGGUGCUGGUGAAGGACCACGGCGAGCCGGUGCUGACGGCCACGGCCACCGUGCUGCUGUCGCUGGAGGACAGCGGUCAGGCGCCCAAGGCCUCUUCGCGGGCGUCGACGGGCGCCGCUGGCGCGGAGGCCGCUCUGGUGGAUGUGAACGUGUACCUGAUCAUCGCCAUCUGCGCGGUGUCCAGCCUGUUGGUGCUCACGCUGCUGCUGUACACGGUGUUGCGGUGCUCGGCGCCGCCCAGCGAGGGCGCGUGCGGGCCCGGGAAGCCCACGCUGGUGUGCUCCAGCGCGGUGGGGAGCUGGUCUUACUCGCAGCAGAGGCACAGAGGGUGUGCUCUGGGGAAGGGCCGCCCAAGGAAGAUCUCAUGGCCUUCAGCCCCAGCCUGCCUCAGGGUCACAUUUCUACGGACACCGUGA